AUGAAAAGUUGGUAAAAUGAUAAAGUUUACGUAAAUCUAUCUUAAAAUUAACUUUCCUGUAUACAGAUAGAACUUUUCUUUUCAUUUAAAAUUUUAUUAGCUAUUACAUUCAUCCAUAAAACGUGCCUAAAUCUGGAUUUUAGACAGGAAGCUCUUACGCAAGAAUCAGUGUUUCUUCCGUCUAUGCAGGAAGAUGGCCGCCACCAGACAGAACUGUUGGCAGUAGAAGAUAAAAACAUCGAAUAUAAAGGCCAUGAGUGAAACUCAGCGGAAGAGCCCCUCUUCCCAAGAACCCUCUAGUCCAGUACCCCAAGGGGAACGGAGUGAUGGCCAAGGAACAGACAACAAAAUGAGUAAAAGAAGUAGUAUGAAGCAGAUGAAAAAGAAGCCAGAAGACUUUCUGUUUGGAAAGGUCAUAGGAGAGGGAUCUUAUUCAACAGUAUUUUUGGUGAAAGAAGUAAGCACAGGAAAAGAAUACGCAAUGAAAGUACUUGAAAAACGUUUCAUCAUCAAAGAGCAUAAAACGGAAUAUGUUCACAGAGAGAAGGAAGUAUUUGCUAUGAUAAACCACCCAUUUUUUGUAAGGAUGUACUUCACAUUUCAAGACAUGGAUAGGUUAUACUUUUGUUUGAGUUAUGCAAGAAGAGGAGAAUUGUUUGAAUAUCUGAAUAAAAUGGGUUCUUUUAGUCUGGAACAGACUCGCUUUUAUACAGCAGAAAUUGUAUCAGCAUUAGAACACUUACAUGGAAAAGGGAUUAUCCAUAGAGAUUUGAAGCCUGAAAACAUUCUGUUUGGUGACAACAUGCACAUACAAAUAACAGAUUUUGGCUCAGCUAAAAUUAUAAAAAGAGAGGUUCAAAACAACACAAAUGAAGACUCUAAUGCUGGAAGGCGGCGUAAUUCAUUUGUAGGAACAGCUCAGUAUGUUUCUCCAGAAGUGCUCACUAGUAAGACAACGUAUUGCAGCUCGGACUUAUGGGCUUUGGGUUGUAUAAUAUACCAAUUAUUAGGUGGAUUGACACCAUUUAGAGGAAGACAUGAAUAUGAAAUUUUCCAGAAAAUUGUGAAAGUUGAUUAUGCCUUUCCUGAAGGAUUUGAUCCAGAUGCUAGAGAUCUUGUGGACAAGCUAAUACAACUGGAUCCCACAAAGCGUAUUGGCUGUGAGGAAGAAGGUGGUUAUGGACCAUUGAAGACCCAUUCAUUUCUCAAAGGCAUAAAAUGGGAUGAUUUGAUCAAUCAGAAACCCCCUUUAGAACCCCUAAACAAAAACAGAGACAAUGACAAUCUGUACAAGGAUCUCAAGCCUGGUUAUGAUGAAAUGCACAUCAGUCAGCUGUUAUGCAAGGUAGAAGUGGAUGACAAGACAGACUGCAUGCAUGAGGAGAGCUUUGACAACAUGAUGACAGAACAAGAGCAUAGUGAACUGAUAGAAAAACAGAAGCGGGAAAACAUCUACCAUAAGUUUGUAGAAAAUCACUUAGUACUGAAACAAGGCUUGGUGGAUAAAAAAAGGGGUUUGUUCUCUAGAAGAAGGAUGAUGUUGCUAACAGAGGGGCCACACCUUUACUAUGUGGAUCCAGUUAAUAUGGUUCUUAAGGGACAGAUACCAUGGUCCAGAGAACUGAGACCAGAGGCUAAAAAUUUCCACAUUUUCUAUGUUCAUACUCCAAAAAGAACAUACUAUUUAGAUGACCCAGAUGGCUAUGCUCUAGAGUGGGUGAAAUCAAUACAGGAAGUGUGGGAUAGGUAUUUUGGGACCCCUAAAGUUGUCAAGAAAUGAGCCUCAAGAAUACAGUGCAAGGAAAAGAGCAAAAAGAAUUGGCCCAGGACGUCACAUUUUUAGUCUUAAACACAUGGAAUGGACAUCCCUGAAGUAUUUCCUGGAAUACAUUUUCUUUCAGAGUCUUCUGUGUACAAAGAUACGUUCCCAAGGAUGUAGCUACUGGAAUAUAUGUUUAAGUAUAGGAGCUAGAAGGGCCAAUUGUUUAAAUCAAUCCAAAACCUUGGGAAACCCAGGAUGUUAUCUGGUAGAAUUCAAGAAGGCUAGGUAGCACCUAGCUUGUUACUUUCAGUGGUGUGUGUGUCAAAAAUAAGCCCACAUGCACUGGUUGCAUUUAGAUGUAAGAAAUCAUUCAGUAGGCAAAUGCUUGCAGUUAUCAUAGUACCCAUAUGGAUGACAAACGUCCUGUUUUGUAUUCUUGUUAGGUAUAUGUAAGAUGUGCAUACACAGACAUGAACAGAUAUACAUAUUUAUAUAAUAGUGGUAAAAGCAGUUUAUUCAGCUUCUUGUCCUGUGGUUAUGCCUUCUCGGGUUCUCUCAGUAAACUAGUGCUGCUUGGUAGAUAUUCAGAAUGUGGAAGUUUUUGUAUUGGCAGGACAAAAUUGCCGAUAUGGUUUUGAUGUAUCUGGUUAUGUAUUUUGUGGUAUUAACUGAAAAAUUGGUAUAACCAUUAUAACUCAUUUUUCAAAAAGAUGCAUAUACAUGAUAUAUAUAGGAGUUGUUAACUGUGUUGGUUACUCAGAGCUAGCAUUAUUCCUCGUGUAUGUAUUGUGCUUGUAUAAGAUGAGAACGUAGUCAGCAUUAUCUAGACCUAUUUUAUAGAGUUAACUGUUGCAAUUACAUUACGUCUCUGCUAUUGGAUUGAUUGAAGCACUUUGGAAAAAAUAUGUAGGCAAAAAAAUGGAGAGUGGAUCUGAAAUCUGUUAAUGGUCAUAGCAGCCACAGCUGGGUUGUGAAGGAUCAGUAUAGCAUAUGUGUUCUUUAGUGGGAGAAUAGGAAAUGUAUUUGGAGCUGUGCUUUCACUGAGGUAGAGAGAAAAACAAUGCAUUAACAUGGUACAGAACAAUGUUUGCAAUCUGCUUAAACCAGUUUUUUUAUUUAUUAGGGAUCUCAACAGAAAAAAAAAUGCAUCUGAAGAUUGGUAUCGGAAAAACAAUUGUGGUGCAUGGUGACAACAAAUAAAUCUGGGAUAUUAUUUGGUGCCCCUUUCACUGAAUAAGAGAAAAUGCUUGAACCUCUUUAGAAUUGUGUACUUGAAAUAUCUGUUUAGGUGCAGUCUAAGGUUUGAAAGCAACUUGUCUGUGAACAGUGUUCAAAAGAAUUUUAUUGAUCUAGUCAUUUUUAUUUGUACAGAUGUACUGACACAGUAAGGGGACUAGUGUAAAUUAUUGUACUUGUACAUGAAACUAAAUAUAAACAAUUGAAUAAAAGAUUACACUAUUGAAGUAUA